GGCAGCGACGGCGACAACAGUUCCUUUAGAGUUCACCGCAACGUAAUUAGAGGGAUUAUGUAAAAUACGGCGAGGUCUGGGAAAUCUGUGGUCUUAGCCGAUAUAGACCAUGAGGAGCAGGGCUCGUUUACCUGCUACAGUCUUUUGGGUACAUGAUAAAAAUGACCUUGUUGUGUGGUUCCCUCUUACAGACACAGAGAGUCUGGGCCCUGUUAGAAACUUGAGAGCAAAAGGCGAACAGCAGUCCUAUAGAAAUUCUGUGAAAGAUAAUUUUAUUAAUCAGAAUUAAAAUAAAAAUAAACAUGUAGUCUAAUUACUUACUUGGAUUUGAUUUUGGACAUAACCUGGCAGCACCAUUCCUGAUGCUGUAACAAGACUAUUCAUGCUCUGAUUCAUCUGUUAUGUUCAGGCACACAGCGCAUUAUUCACCUCACUCAACACAAAAUCACACUCUCUUUAGCUGUGUGUUAUAUCAUCUUGUCAGCCGUCACCUUGUGAUUAAACUGAAAUGUCUCUUGUCAGGUGUUUGUGUGCAUUUUCUCUGAACUGAUCCAAUUUUUUCUGUCUCCCCCAUGCCCCUCUGGCUCGUUCACAUAAUCCCGGACUAUGCAUGCUGGGCCACUACAUGAUUGGCUACCAUGACAACAGAGGCGAGUGCUGUGAGCGAGGCCGACACCGAGGGCAAGCAGAAGACCAGCGGUGCCGAGCCCGAACCCGAACCAGAGAAGAGGCAGAAGCCAGAGGCGGCAGCCUCCAAGCCAGAGGGGGAGAAGCCGGGCAAGAAGGCCCAGGAGCAGGCCUCUGAGCCUGGGCCCGCGGACGUAGCGACCUCCCCCGAGGAGGAGCAGCUGAAGCCUCGCACCAGGACAUCCGCCGGCAAAGGCCUCUCUCGCCUCUUCUCCUCUUUCCUCAAGCGCCGCUCGCAGUGCUCCGAGGGAGAGGGCUUCGAGGCGGAGAAAGCCAGCGAGGAGAAGGCGGAGAAGGACGAAAAGGCCGAGAAGGCCGACGAAGGGAAGGCGGAACAGGUGAAGAGCGAAGAAAAGAAGGAAGCAAAAGCAGAGGAGGAAAAAUCAGACGUCAAAGAAGAGAAGAAGAAGGAGGAAAAAGUAGAGCCAAAGGAGGAGAAAAAGAAAGCGGAAGAAAAGGUUGAGAAGAAGGGCAGCAAAAAGAAAAAGAAAGAAGCCAAGAAGAAAGUGGAGGAGAAGCAUGAGGAGAAAGUAAACAAGGAGGAGACGAAAAAAGAGGAGGAGAAGCUGAAAAAGAAAGAGGAGCAAAAAGAGGAGGAGAAGGCACAGCCUGCUGUAGAAAAGGGGGAGGAGGAGUCGGAGGCGAAAGAAGAAGAAAAGGAGGAGGCUGCAGAAGUUAAAGACAAGGGUCCAGAGUCCGCGAAGAAAGAGGAAGAAAGGGUUGAUAAGAAGGUGGCAAAGAAAAAAGAAAAAGAGGACAAGGUGAAGAAGAAGGAAGAGGAGAAGGCAAAGAGGAAAGCAGAGGAGGAGGAACGGGUGAAAAAGAGAGAAGAGGAGAAAGCCAAGAAAAAGGAAGAGGAAAAGGCUAGAGAGGCCGAGAAGGCAAAGAAGAAGGAGGAGGCGAGGAAGAAGGACGAGGAGAAAGCCAACGAGGAAAAGACGAAGAAGAAGGACGAGGAGAAAGCCAACGAGGAAAAGACGAAGAAGAAGGACGAGGACAAAGCAAAGGGGGAGGAGAAGGUGAAGGAAGAGGCGAAGAAGGAGGAAAAGACAGAAGACAAGCAGCAGAAGAAGGAGGAGGAGAAGGGGAAGAAAAAAGAGAAGGGGAAGAACAAAGGCAAGAAGGAGGAGAAAGAGGUGAAAGAAGGGAUUGAGGAGCAGGUGAAGGCACCGAUCGCUGCUCCCGAGCCCGAACUUAAAACUGAGCCGGACACUGAACAGGCUCCUGAUCAGCACUCGAUCAGCAGCACAGAGACACAGCAGCCCACUCAAGACGAACCCAAGGAAGGAGAAGCCGCAAAGGAGGAGGCUGACGUAGCGGCAGAGGCGAAAAAGGAGGACACGGAGAAAGAAGCGGACAAACCGGCCGGGCAAGAGGAGGCGGCCAAGGGAGGGGAAAAGGCCGCAGAGGAGGAGGCGAAGGAGAAGAAGGAGAAGCCUGUAAAAGAGAAGAAGACGGAGGAGGCCAAGGGCUCUAAACGUCAGAAAACCAUGCAAUGCAAAGUCACCUUACUGGACGACGCUCUGUUUGAGUGCGAACUGGACAAACAUGCUAAAGGCCAAGAGCUCCUUACGAAGGUGUGUGACCAUGUCAACCUGCUGGAGAAAGAUUACUUCGGCCUGGCCGUCUGGGAAACGCCGACCAACAAGACGUGGUUGGAACCCGCCAAAGAGAUCCGCAAACAGGUUUCAGGUGGCGUCUAUGAGUUUACCUUCAACGUGAAGUUCUACCCUCCAGAUCCAGCACAGCUUACUGAAGACCUCACCAGGUAUUACCUGUGCCUCCAGCUGAGGAAGGACAUCAUGCGGGGAAUUCUUCCUUGUUCCUUUGUCACCCUGUCCCUGCUGGGCUCCUACACGGCCCAGUCGGAGCUCGGGGAGUACGACCCAGAGCUCCACGGUGCUGACUAUGUGAAGGAUCUGAGUCUGGCCCCCGGGCAGAGUAAAGAGCUGGAGGAGAAAGUGAUGGAGCUGCACCGCACAUACAGGUCGAUGAGUCCAGCCCAAGCGGAUAUGUUCUUUCUGGAAAAUGCCAAGAAACUUGCCAUGUAUGGAGUCGACCUGCACCAGGCCAAGGAUCUCGAUGGCGUCGACAUCACGCUGGGCGUCUGCUCCAGCGGUCUGAUGGUUUACAAGGACAAGCUGAGGAUCAACCGUUUCCCCUGGCCCAAAGUGCUGAAGAUCUCUUAUAAGCGCAGCAGCUUCUUCAUCAAAAUCAGGCCGUCAGAGCAAGAGCAGUACGAAAGCACCAUUGGCUUCAAGCUGCCCAACUACAAGGCCUCAAAGAAGCUGUGGAAAGUUUGCGUUGAACACCAUACCUUCUUCAGGGUUUCGACGGUGGAGCCUCCUUCGUCGCGUCGCUUCCUCGUCUUGGGCUCCAAGUUCCGGUACAGCGGCCGCACUCAGGCCCAGACCCGCCAGGCGAGCUCCAUGAUCGACCGGCCAGCCCCUCGCUUCACGCGCUCAGCCAGCAAGAGGCUGUCCCGUAACCUGGAUGGAGCUGGAGAUGAGACUCUCCAGCUUCUGCAGCUGCUGUCAUCAUCGCCCAGGUCUGAGGCUGAUGACUGGUCGCUGAUGUUGGCAUCUGACGAGCCUCCUGAAUUCACAGUUGAAGGGGGGUCUGAGGAGACUUUCGGCGAGUCUGGGGAGGAGGGGCAGGUUGUUCUCACUGACACCGAGAUUGAGAGCACCGGCUCCUAUGCCGUUACCCAGUCAGUCAGUCAGUCACGGCGGGAGCUGGUGAUCGAUGAGGAGCAGCAGCAGCAGCAGCAGCAGCAGCAGCAGCAGCAGAGCACGGAGGAAGACGAUUGGUCUGUCCUUCUGUACCGUCAAACUCCUUUCCCUUUCAUCCCACCUUUCGAUUUUGCGAAACAGCCAGCUCAAGUCAGCUUGGCAAAAAUGAGCUCUCUGGACCGACUGCUGCAACCACGGCUGCCACGGCAAGAUGAUUGGUACCUGUACUUUGAUCGAAUCUUUGGCCUACCUUCCUCAGAGAGUCUUGAAAAACCCCCAUUCUCCCGCCUAGCCCAGUACCAGCUCCAGGAAGAGAAGGAGCAGGGCGCGCGUGCUGCCGAACUGAAAAUGGCCGCUAAGGAGGUCAUCGAGAAGCUUGACGAAACGAUGGUGUUUGCAGACAAGCUGAGGCAGAUGGAGGGUUUGGAAGAGCGUCUGACGGAAGUGAGGGACUUGGAGGAAAGGCUCCAAGAAAUGGACGAGAUGGCAGAGAGGGUUCAGGAAGUAAUAGAGGAAGAACUGGGGAAGGAAGAGGUAGAAAAGUUGAGAAAGGAAGAAGAAGGGAGAGUAAUUGUGAUGAAGAGUGUGAGGAGGAUAGAGACAGAAGAGGGCGAGGUGGAUGAACUGGAAGAUCAGAUAAAGCAGGUGUUUUUAAAAGGGCUGCUGCCCGAAGACGAACAGGUUGCGACGAAGCAGGAGAGUGAGACGGAGGACGGAGGCCUCUUGGAUGACAGCAUGAGAGAGAAGCUUCGACAGAUAGAGAGGGAGUGGCAAAACGAGGUGACGGAGAAGUACGGCCUCCAAGAUGUUGCCGGCUCUUCAUCUGUGGUGUCGUACCAGAGGGUGGAGCGCCGGGUUGUGAAGAGAGUGACUAUUGUAGAAGAGACGGGGCGGCUGCAGGACGAUGUGGAAGGCGUGCAGGGACCGGCUUUAGUGGUGUCAGAGGAGAGGUUACAAAAACAAGACGUGUGGCAGGAAGCGGAAUUACAGGGCGAUCAACUUCAGGUGGAAGAUGAGGAUUCAUGGUUCAUACUUUUUGACCGUCAGUACGUAGCAGCUUUGAAACCACCAGCUGCCGUGGAACGUGCUCAGGUGGACGAGUAUUUCACCUCAAAGGCUGAGGUUGCAACCGCUGAGGAGAAAACUGAGAUAGUAUUAGAGGGGGAGGCGGGAAUGAGAGAAGAGAAAGCGCUGCGUCUACCAGAGACCCCACAACAGCGGACCCCAGCAGAAAGGGUCGACGACUGGUUUGAGUUGCUGGACGUCGUUCGCAGAGAAGCGCCUUACGUGCCAGCAGUUAUAUCGAAGGGAGGAGCCCAGAUGGAUGAAGGGGAUUUUGUCUCGGUGGUUAGAACUGCAGAAGUCAAAGAGAUUAGAGAAGCUGUGGUCGAAGAGAGAAAGGCGGAAGAUCCGGUGAAACAACUGCAAAAAGAAGUCGUACGACAGCCGGUGACAGAGAGAGACGAUGACUGGUUUGUGUUCUGGGAUGUUCUUCCCAGGGAAACUUCAUAUAUACCACCAGUUGUUACUGCAGAGCGUGUCAAAGUGUCUCCAGAACAACGUGUCUCUCUUAUUGCCGAUGAGCCGAGAGAAACGAGAGUGGAGGUUUUAGUCGAAGACACUGAGGUGAAACAAAUGCAGAGCGCCGGUCAAGUAAAAGCGCGGACUGCGAGAGAGAUAGAAGACGACUGGUUUAUUCUGAUGGACAGACAACAGACCGUUGUGCCUCCAGUUGCCCCGACUGUGUAUGAGCAGGUGGUUCACAAAGAAAGCAUUUCUACUGUGACCGAAGUAACAGAAUCCAGGAGGGAGGUCGUAGUCGAAGAGAAAAAAUACGAGAAGACACCAGCGCAAAUGAUUCCCGAGCAGAAAAAAUUGCAGCCAUCGAGGGAGAGGGAUGAUGAUUGGUUUGUGCUGCUGGAUGUUGUUUCCAGAGAGCCUUCCUUUGUGCCUCCAGUUUCUCAGACUAAAAUCUAUCCAGACGUUCCGACUGAAGUAAAGCGUACUGAGCAAAGGUUUUAUCAAACCGCUGUUGAGCAGACUAGUCCUCAGACCUCAGCGCUGAUUACCCAGAGAGACGAUGACUGGAAAAAGGCUGAAAAGGCAGAGGUUGUACCAACAGUCCUGGCUCCUUUGACUCCAGUUACUCAAGUAACUGAUGUGAAGAAGACACUUGAGGCUGAGGUGACAACCACUGAGACUGAGGUGACAACCACUGAGACUAGAACAUGGAAGAAGGUAAUUAGUGUGGAGAGCAGGCAAGAGACGACACGUCUUUCUGAAGUAAGGCCGAGCCAAAUUGUGCGUCAGUUGGAGAGAGAAGGCGGAGAUGAUUGGUUUGUCCUAUUCGACGUCAUCCGGGAAAAGCCCGUCACAAGACCAGUUUCUCAGACUAAAAUCUAUCCAGACGUUACGACUGAAGUAAAGCGUACUGAGCAAAGGUUUUAUCAGACCGCUGUUGAGCAGACUAGUCCUCAGACCUCAGCGCUGAUUACCCAGAGAGACGAUGACUGGAAAAAGGCUGAAAAGGCAGAGGUUGUACCAACAGUCCUGGCUCCUUUGACUCCAGUUACUCAAGUAACUGAUGUGAAGAAGACACUUGAGACUGAGGUGACAACCACUGAGGCUAGAACAUGGAAGAAGGUAAUUAGUGUGGAGAGCAGGCAAGAGACGACACGUCUUUCUGAAGUAAGGCCGAGCCAAAUUGUGCGUCAGUUGGAGAGAGAAGGCGGAGAUGAUUGGUUUGUCCUAUUCGACGUCAUCCGGGAAAAGCCCGUCACAAGACCAGCUGCCGUGGUUGAGCGUGUUGUCGAUGUGGUGGUGCCCACUGAGCCCAAACCAGUUCUCGCCAUGGAGGACUUGAGGCCGGCUGUGGAGAAGGUGGAGAUUAGAACAUCGCAGUCGAGAAAAGUGGACGAUGACUGGUUUGUGCUGGCAGAUGUUGCAGCAAAAGCACCAGUGGCUGCAGAUGAUCGUGUCCGUAUGUAUCCUGAAGUAAGACCAGCUAAAGAAUUUGCAGCCGUAGAGCAGACAGCGCAGCAGAGGGUUACUAUAGUGGAGAGGACAUGGCAGCAGCAGGAAGUGGUGCAGCAGAAACCACGGCCUCCAGCAGUAAGGCAGGUGGAAGACGAUUGGUUUGUUCUUCUGGAUGUGGCCACUAAGAAGAAAACAGUCACUCUCCCUGAGCGCAUCCAGCUCCCAGCGGAGGUCAAAGUUUCAGCUUCUGUGGCCCCAGCAAAGAGACCACAGUUUGAGAAACGGAUCCUGGAGGAAAGACGUCCACUCACGCGUACACAUGAAAGUGAUGAUUGGUUUGUUCUUCUAGAUUCUGAUCGCAAAGAGUCAGUUGUGAGCACACAGAGAGGUGCGCGUCCUGUCAGUGCUCCCGUCUUCUCCCAAGCUGCCCUGGUGGAGGCGGGGAUCCCCAUGGCUCCUCUGGAACAGCCUCAGACCUCCACCCCGAUCAAGACCAGCCGCCAGGAGGAGAGGAAGCUGGCGGUCACCGUGGAGGCAGUGGAGCACUCAAAAAUCGAGGCAGUGGCUGAAGUCAAGCCAGCAGCGUGGAGGGACCAGAGAGAAGUAGACUCUUCACUGAUAUCCACCGUCAAUGGGGACAUUCAGCACAAGUCUGAGGUGACGAGCGUGGAGGGGGUGAAAAUGCGAAAGAAAAGAGCUAAGAAAAUUGAGGGUGACUCAAUUUAUAUCAGACAUAGCCUUUUAAUGUUGGAGGAGUUCGAUAAGCCUCAGGAGGACCUGCUCAGGCACCACGCCAGCAUCAGCGAGCUGAAGAGGAACUUUAUGGAAUCUGUCCCGGAGCCCAGGCCGAGCGAGUGGGACAAGCGUCUGUCCACGCACUCUCCAUUCCGCACCCUGGGUAUCAAUGGUCAGCCACUGCCCAGCGCAGACGGGAGUGUGUGCAUUAGUCCCCUAUGCAAUGGUUCAGAAACAAAGGCUGCGCAUGAAGAAACCAGACGUAAUUUGGGCUUUUCAGGCAUACCCGGUCCCACCGUCUGCCACAAGAGUGAGCCUGAUGGCGUCCGAGCCCACGGCUCUCCUGUUGAGGAAGAGUCGUGUGAUCGGGACAAGGUUGUUGUUUUUGAGACUGUCUUGGUUCCGGUCGUAGAGGUGGAAGUGGCGCAGCUGCCUCAGUCCUUUGACUCCUCCUGUAACGCUUUAGAGGAGGCCCAGGAGGAAGAAGGAUCAUGUGCUGGAGUGUCGGAGUGCUCCGGGAGGAUAGUGGGAUCUUCCCCAGCUUCCUAUUUCUGGAGCGAUGGUCCGCAGGUCAUACGCUGUUUCCAGCCACCUCUGGUGCAGACCCAGACUGUUACCAUCACAGCUGCCUCCAACUCCUUACCCAGUGGCAUCUCCACAACAGAGGUCCCUAUCGUCCCGACAAAGACCUUCACCUAUGAGUCUUCAAAGGUGACGGUUGAUGGGACAGACGAGGACAAAGAUUGCACAACUGUGUCCAGUUCCAAGAGCAUUACCUCAGAGACCGCCAGCGGCACUUCAGUCACCACCACUACCACUCACAUCUCAAAGGUUGUGAAAAGUGGAUCUUCAGAGACUCGUGUGGAGAAAAGAAUUGUCAUAACUGCAGACUCUGACAUUGACCAAGAUAAGGAGAAACACGGUGGAGCAUCAGCAUUGUAACCGAAUUAUGACCUUCCCCAGUUCCUUUGACUCUUCCACCUGCUGCACUCAACACACAGUGACCAGCUCUGUCUACGCGCACAUAUCCCUAUAAGUAAUAUCUCAUAAAUCUGCACCUAAAAUGUUUGACGACUGAGUAGAUAAGUCUUAGAUCCUCUUUGUUGUGUUCAGUUGAGCUGUUCUUCGUAGGUAGGGCCGCACAGUGCUCAGAUUUCAAAUGCUUCCAUGAUCCUGGUGUUGUAAAACAUUAGUCAACACAUUUUUAAUUGGUUGAAAACCAGCAUUUUCAGUUGAACAAUCUGUUAGGUUUGCUUUCAAAUUGCUUUUAUUUUCCUAGUGGCUUUUUACAUCGUGGAUUUUCUAUGCACAUUUACUGUUUCCAUUCUAGUUUAGACACCAUUAUCAGCAUUUACUCCCUUGGUGCUGCUCGGGGAACGUUAAGACUACAUUCAAGGGACCUUUUUAUUUUAUGGGUUGUUUACUUGUCUAUUUAAUUCAGGAGAGGCAUUUAAAAAGAAAAAGAAAAAAAACGUAAAAUAUUACAUACCUCACAUUGAUACGUGAACAAACAUAUUCUGUGCUCAAACUUGAACAGUUUGUUUGGCUUUGUUCACUGCUCAGGUACAGAAAACGAAAACGUGAGUCGUUUCCUCCCCCAACCAGCCAUGAACCAGUAGCCUACACAUUCUUGUAAAGUUUGGAUUAAAAAUUUUAUCUAUUUUGAAAUAUUCCUAUAUUUUCGAGAAGCAACGCUUUUUAUAGUAUUUGUACAAAAAUUUGAGGUUUUUAAGUUAUUCAUUUCCAUCUGCUCAUUAAUUGGUCGGUGUACCGUUUACUGAAUUUCGAGGUCUCCGUUCAAGACCCGUCUUGCCCGACGCCCUGGAUCAUUCUUAUUCGUUUCCUCUCGUAGUCCACCAAGUUUAUCAAACUCUUCACAGUUUUACAUAUGACAGCGGAGUGCUUCCCUCAGCCCUGUGUUUUGUUCAGUAUCAUAGGAAUCAGAAUUGCUUUGAACAUAUUUGGUUGAUGAAAAGUUUUACAAGCUUUGGUCUGUUUAUCUCAGGUUUUGAUAUUCUUUGUAAGACUACAGACCUCCUUAUGAUUGUAAGAGGAAUGUCCAUGUAUGUAUAUCCAUCUCUAUUGUAAAUGUACAUUUAUGUUCAGUCAAGUGAGGUCAAUAAAAUAUAAAAGCUUGUCUGUCACAAUAACCACACGUGUACGAGAUGAAGGCAGCUGCCCCGGUAUGUGUGGCUUUUCUCACAGGAGCACAAGUUGUCUUUAAUUUUUUUUUUUAUUAUUAUUAUUAUUAUUUCAUGUUCUACUAUACAGUAAUUUAUUUGUAAAGUAGGAACUGUUUCAUGUGAUUUGAUGUACUGUGAUGUUUCAACACGAGCUGGUUUUCCAGGCUUCCACUAGAGAUGUCACAAUGUUAAAUAUUGCAUCAUCAACCAAGUUUGUAAAGCCUUUUUACCACAUAGUUUAAGUAGGUUGCUCCCUCACUUGCCGUUUUCCUGUACUUUUCCUUAGAGAAGAAAAUAUACGGAUCCCUUUUAGGUAGCAUGUUUGUUAGCAAACUUUUUUUUUUUUAACCCAAAAAGAAGCCAUUGGUAUCGUAGCUACAUGGACAACAAUUCUCUUCUGCUUGAAAAAGUAGCAUUUCACAUUAAGGAGAAAUAGUUUUUAGAUCAUGGAAAAUAUUGUUGCUUUGUGACUUAUCCCUGUCUUUUUAAGAAAAAAUAAAAUACGCAUUACUUUGCA